UUCUAAAACCGAAGACAGGAAUCUCAUCAAACUAAUUGCACCUAAACAAAUCAACACAAAAAUAAGAUGCUGAAUGAUGAUGGACUGGUGAUAACUUAGACGUUGCGACAAGGCUAUUUGUGUAUUGGAGUACAGGCCAUUUGAGCAUUUGUCAUUUUCACAAGAAUGGGAACCCUGCAGUUUCCAAGAGUUUUGAUUUGUUGCAUGGACCAAGACUGCAGCUUACUGCCACAGUGGGCGAGUAACUAGUGUGUUUAUAUUGUUUGACCAUACAUUUAAAAAUGGAAGACAGAUCCAAAACUGGCUGCCUAAAACACACACACCAGUCAAGUCAAGUCAAGUCAAGUUUAUUUAUAUAGCGCAUUUCAUACACAGAGGUCAUUCAAUGUGCUUUACAUAAACAAAAACCAAACAGUAAUGUAGCAAGUUCAGCACAUUGCUUAUCACAGGUUCAGAAAAAGUGGUGUUGUGAUUCCAUAUGUCCUCUAGAGGGUAGAAAAGUACCUUAACCGCAGUGAAGUCUCAGACUGAAAGCCAUCCUUUUGACUAUAUAAUAACAGAACUAACAGCACUUAUUUUGAGAACAUAGAUGAAAACACAGAGAAAUGAAAGCUGAUGAAAAAUACUGUCAUCUUUGUUUUGCAAAACAAACAUGUUUCUUUUUCUUUGGUGCAGUGAUUGAAUAAAACCAUUAAUUAUAAAUUAGUUUUUCAACUUUAAAAUGUGAAUCAUACUAGACCUUGGGAAUUAUACUUGUGACUAAGACUAUGUUUGCCCAUCCCAUAAAAAAGACAAUGAUAAUCUAUUCUUCUGUAUCAUGUGUCAUGUCCGCAUGCGCGCAGUGUCUGCACUUAUGUUUAUAGUGGGAGGUUUAGUCUGUUUCCUCAGGAAAUAGCAUCAUCUGUGGUAGGAUACACAAGCCCUGGCAGACCGUCUGGGUAUCUCAGACCAAGGAGGAACAUGAACUAUCCAUACUUAAAUAUCGGCAGCAGAUAGCAUUGCCUUGAGAAACUGGACUACAAAUCACAUCAAGGUUUUAGAGUUUAAGAAAAGACCUCCAAGCCAGAAUGCCCUUUCUGAAGAAGCUGCCAGGCCGGUCAAAGGGUUGCCACAACAAAGGGGAGCUAACCAUGCCAAGCUGCAAUCUAAAUCCAUUUGAGGAAGUGGACCAGCAGAGCCAAUACUUUCCAGAGGAAGCUUUGGCGUUAGAGAGGUCCCAACAACAUUGCUCCUUCGACAGCGAGGCGGAGGAGAAUGGAACCAAUCAAAGAGGGUCUAAGACCAGUCAGCCUCUAAGGGGAACGUUAGUAAAGCUAUACAGCUCCUCACCUCUGAAGACAUUGGGGAAACUGGGAAAGGAGCUGCGUAACACAGCUCGCAGCAAGUGGGGAAACAAUGCACCUUCCCAACGCAGCUCGACUCUGCCGUCGGAGAAGAGGAGGAACAGUCGGAGGAGUUCCGAAGAGAUCAUGACCUUACUGCGCUACAGUUUGGCAAGCCUACGCAAGGACUCCACCUGCAGAGAGAGCCUCUAUGGCGGAGACUAUAGUCUUGAGACAGACGAUGAUGCCCGCAGACGCCCAUCCUUCCUGCGCAUAGUUAGUCUUGGCAAGCUGCGGAGGGAGUCCAUGGUGGACCGCAUUUCCCAGGAGGCCGAGGAAGAGGAGGUGGAGGAGCCACCAGAGGUCAAACCGAAAGAACCUCUCUCCGUCUUAGAGAUUCUGCGGCUCGUCAACCAAAGGAGCCUGCUACUGGCCGAUACUCACAUUCAGGAGCUCGAGCGCGAGUGUGAGCUUGACCACCAUCCGCCCAACAUGGCGCCGUCAACCUCGCGUAGGUCCAGUGCCAUGUCCACGGGAAACCCUCCCGAGAUAGUGUCCACCUCUUGCGUCUGGGAUGCGGGCCGGCGCAAGGCUAAGGAUGUGGAGCUGCUGUACGAGGCCCUGCUGCAGGAGAUGUGGGACGUGGUGCGCGAGUCGCUCCGGCAGCCCUGCGCUGGCCCGCAGCUGGGCCUGGUGGUGCUGGUCAUCCAGCAGGAGGAGGCGGCCGACUCCGCCUGGGUCCAGCGGGAAAAGAGCCGAUCUCUUCCCAACAGCAACGAGAGCAUCCACGAAGGGCUGGUGAUGUACCCCACCCCCAGCGACGGCCCCCAACCCUCCUGCCGGCCCCGCACUCUCAUGAAACGCUGGGAGGAGGCUGUGGGAGAGGCCGCCGACUGGUCGCUGCCGCAGCCUGGGGGCAUCUCGGCCGGCCAGCUGGCCUCGUUCCUGGAGCGUCUGAGUGGACGCGUGCUGGAAGACCUGGACGCGGCGUGUCGGAACGUGGUGGCCAUUUACCCGGAGGACUUCAGGGCUUUUCAGGUGUACGUGCACAGCUACCACAGGGCCGUGGCUCAGCGCCUCAAGACGAUCACGAGCGGGCCGCUCCAGAUAACGGACACGUACGCACUGCUGGACUGGAUCUACAACAUCUACAGCAGGGAUGUUCUGGGACCAGUUGGCAAUAUGGCAACCCUUGACUGUACCCAGCUGGAGCCACUGUUACCACCAAAGUGUAUUGACAGACUGGAACAAGACUGCAUCCAUACCGUUAAGGACAAUGUAAGCAUAGAGCUCUCACAAGUACUAGAAGAUGAGGAGAGGAGAUGGGCCCAAUCCAUGCACAUUGAAGAGUACCAGUCCAAUCUUGCACGCUCUGUCAUACAGCGAUUGAAAAUAGACAUCGACAGAUCAACAGCUAUUAAUGAACAGCUGGGAGCUCGAGUUGCUCGCUGCACACUCACUGGCCUAGCAGACUUCCUGCAGAGUUUCAAAAGAAAGGUUGAGCUGUUCCACGAGACACAGGCUGAUUUCGGCGAUAGAGGGGACGGUUAUAUCUCCAAGACGAUCGCUCUUGUCAAUUGCAUACCUCCCUUCAGGAACUUUGUGGAGCGUUGCCGGCAGUGUGAUUCCCUGGGGAGUACAGACUCUUUGGAGCAUGCUCACUCUUCUCUUGAGACCAUUGUCAACCAGUCAACCAAAGUUCUUACCGACAAACUGUUCGAAAACAUCAGGCCAUUCUUUGACAAGUUGGUAAAGCGAAAAUGGCUGAAUAACACUGAGGCAUAUGAAAACAUUGAGAUUACCAUCAAACAACACUUUAAGAAGUUCCGUAGAAUGGACUGUCCUCCAUAUCAAGUCCUAGUGAAUGAGGUACAUAGGCGGGUCUUGGUUGAGUAUGUCCGUGCAAUCAUGAGAGGCCGCAUCAUCUGCACAUCACUCAAGAUGAGGAAGAGGGUGGCCUACAGACUUCAGGAUGAGGCCAAGCAAAUAAAAGCACUUUUCAAAGACCUGGAAUCUGAUUGCUCAUGGUUUGACAGCGUCAUUGCACAUUUGGCGGACAUUAUUCUUCUUGAGGACAUCCCGUCAAUACAAAUGGAAGUUGGAGUACUGGUGAAGGAGUUUCCAGACAUACGGAGGAGGCACAUCUCGACCGUACUCAACAUGAGGGGGAUGAUGCAGCAGACACAGCGGCAGGUGAUCCUGGGAAUAGUUUGCGACCUGGAGAACAGUGAGAGCCCGGUGCAUGUGCCUCGGGACCAUGCCCUUUUCUCUGAGAUCCCGGUGACCAGUGAGGUCUCCUGUCUUGGAUUGGUGGUGAUUCGCAUGGCACUGACUGUAUCUUCAUGGGUCUCAACGAUGUGGCCUCACCAUAGACACAGAUAUCGUCAUCGACGUGGCCACACAUAAGUACCUCUUAAGAUGCCUAUUAUGGUGCCGUUUUUUUUUUUUUUUUGUGGGAGUUCUAUUGAGGAGAUAAUAUGGUAAUCCCAGUAUUCCAUAAGAUGAAGGAUGCAAUGUGUUUGUAAAACAAGCCAAAAAUUGUAUAAAAGCUGUAGACUAAGGGCUAAGUUAAAAAUGAAGAUGAAAUAUAAUGUCUUUAUAGUUCUACUAAGUGACUACAAUAGUCAAAAGUGACUACAUAGUCUUCCUGCCUUAAACCUAUAUUUGCACACAUGCAAUACUGUAUAUUUAUGGUAUAUUACUUUGGAUUAGUAAACUAUUUCUUUUUUUCAAAUGAUGGGUAUUAUCUGUUUUACAAGAAUGAUGAACUGCUGGAGCAAAUUAAAAUUAAGGUUAUAAGUUCAGUUAAUGACAAUUCCAUCAGUUUUGUAAUUUAUGUUUUAAUUUGUAAGUGAAAAUAAAAAAUAAUGUUUUGGAAA